AUGGCUCCAGAGCCAUUAACCGGAGAAGAAUUGCUACAAAUUAAUUAUACAUGGGGCUUGAAAAAAGGGGGAGGUGGAGGUGAAAAUGAUAGCGACAAAGUUUGUUGGAAGAAGAAGUUAAAAUUCUUUGAUCUUGAGUAUUGUAAAUACCUUCCUGUGAGACAUGCCCUUGAUGUUAUGCACAUUGAGAAAAAUGUUUGUGAUAGUAUCAUUGGUACGUUGUUGGAGAUCCCUGGAAAAAAUAAAGUUGGGAUUGCUGCUCGUUUAGAUUUAUUGAACAUGGGGGGCAAGACUGAUUUGCAACCCGAGUAUGGACAAAGACGUACUUGCUUGCCUCUAGGGCCUUGGAAUUUGUCAAGAGCAGAGAAGAGAGUGAACCGUACUCAUCCCAAUGGUUGCAUUGUUGAGCGGUAUAUAGCUGAAGAAGCUAUAGAAUUUUGCACCGAGCAUUUAUAUGAUGUUAGUACAAUUGGAGUGCCAUCAAGCCAGAAGAUAGGACUUUCAAAGCCAUUAUUAGGUUGCACAGUGAACUUAGUUGAUCGAUACCUGUUGAACCAGGCACAUCUAUAUGUCUUGGAGAAUAUGGAGGAAGUCCUACCUUAUAUCGAGUAA